CGGCGGUAUCCAAGCGAUCACCCCCGCCUUCCACCCCACUACAACCUUUCUCACGACUACGGUGCCACACCAGUAGUCGCUCACUUCACCACUCGCAAUCAUGGCUGACAAGGGUCUUGAGGACGUGCCUGAGGGCCAGAUCGAGUCCAACUACGAUGAGACCACCGACUCCUUCGACGCGAUGAACUUGAAGGCUGAGCUCCUCCGUGGCGUCUACGCCUACGGUUUCGAGCGCCCCUCUGCUAUCCAGCAGCGCGCCAUCAUGCCCGUCAUCAAGGGCCACGAUGUCAUUGCGCAGGCGCAGUCUGGUACCGGAAAGACCGCUACCUUCUCCAUCUCCACCCUCCAGAAGAUCGACUCCAACGUCAAGGCCUGCCAGGCGCUCAUUCUCGCCCCCACCCGUGAGCUUGCCCAGCAGAUCCAGAAGGUCGUCGUCGCCAUCGGUGACUUCAUGGAUGUCGCCUGCCACGCCUGCAUUGGUGGCACCAGCGUUCGUGAUGACAUGAAGGCCCUCCAGGACGGCCCCCAGGUCGUUGUCGGCACUCCCGGCCGUGUCCACGACAUGAUCCAGCGUCGUGUCCUGAAGACCGACCACAUGAAGAUGUUCGUCCUCGACGAGGCCGAUGAGAUGUUGUCUCGCGGUUUCACCGAGCAGAUCUACGACAUCUUCCAGCUUCUGCCCCAGAGCACUCAGGUCGUCCUCCUGUCCGCCACUAUGCCCCAGGACGUCCUCGAGGUCACCACCAAGUUCAUGCGCGACCCCGUCCGCAUCUUGGUCAAGAAGGACGAGCUUACCCUCGAAGGUAUCAAGCAGUUCUACAUUGCCGUCGAGAAGGAGGACUGGAAGCUCGACACCCUCUCCGACUUGUACGAGACCGUCACCAUCACCCAGGCCGUCAUCUUCUGCAACACCCGCAGGAAGGUCGACUGGCUCACCGACAAGCUCACUGCCCGUGACUUCACCGUCUCCGCUAUGCACGGCGACAUGGACCAGGCUCAGCGUGAUGUCAUCAUGAAGGAGUUCCGUUCCGGAUCUUCCCGUGUCCUGAUCGCCACCGACCUGCUUGCCCGUGGUAUCGAUGUCCAGCAGGUCUCCCUGGUCAUCAACUACGACUUGCCCGCCAACCGCGAGAACUACAUCCACCGCAUCGGUCGUGGUGGACGUUUCGGACGUAAGGGUGUGGCCAUCAACUUCGUCACCGCUGACGAUGUCCGCAUGAUGCGCGAGAUUGAGCAGUUCUACAGCACACAGAUCGAGGAGAUGCCUAUGAACGUGGCUGACCUCAUCUAAGCGGUUGAUCCUCACUGCUUCCCAACCAGCGUCUCUCCUUGCCCGCUAUUCAUUUUGGUGGCGUCUUGGGCAUAGAGGCGGUGGAAACUAAUCCGGCGCGUCUGCACUGUCAGGCGGCGCUUUUGCUUUUCCCAAAAGUAGCGAAGUCGGACGAGUCGUCGUCUAUACAUCGCGGCAUCUUGGCGUUUGUCGAUUUUCAUGUGCGAAAUGGUUUCUUCGAAGGAAUGCUUCUUGCAGAUGAUAGAGACUCGUGUCAGGUGCUCAGUUGGCUGGAUGCUCUUUGCCAGCAAUCUUUUCCUUUUUCCUUUCGCGUCGGCUUUCCUGUGUUUGGAGGGUGGGCUGCGUUAUAUCACGGCAUGUAUGCGCGACGGGAUGAUCUCCUCAUGGCCACGCAUGUCGACGAUAACGAUCAUGAGUUUCCUGUCAUAUAGAGACGCGAUACAAUUGCAUGGUAGUCACUGAA